AUGAACAGCCCGCCGGUGAACUCACUUGGCACGAGCUUGGUGACAUCCUUCAAGCAGGAGUUCCCGAAACUCGUCCAAGAUCCGAAGGUCAAAGCCAUUGUGGUGACGGGAAGCGGCUCGAUGUUCUCCGGUGGACCUGUUGCGACCAGGUUUGCCAUGAUGGUUGCCAUGGGCGAGGCAGAGAUGAGGAAGAACAACCCUGUGGCAGCACUGAGCGAGAUGAUGGACACCAUUGAUGCCUCGCCCAAGACGGUGGUAGCAGCUCUCAAUGGUCCCGCCUUGGGUGGUGGCUGCGAGGUCAGCCUGGCCUGCCACUACAGGGUGGCCACGCCAAAAGCCUCGGUCGGCUUCCCGGAGGUGAACCUGGGAUUGCUCCCGGGCGCGCAGGGCACGCAGCGGCUUCCUCGCGUUGCCGCCCUCCCCGUGGCGCUUCCAAUGAUCUUGCAGGGCCGGCCCAUGAACGCCGAAGCUGCGAAGAAGAACGGCAUCAUCGAUGUGGUUGCAAAGGGAGACGUUGUGGAGGAGGCCGCCGGGUUCGCCCUGUCGCACCCGCCGGCGCCCAUCUCCAAGCGCGAUGUGCCCAAGACCAAUCGCCUCAUGGUCGCGGCUGGAGGCGCGCAAGCGCGCACAAGGGGUGUGCAAGGGGCAAGCAUGAUGGAUCAUGAUGGACUCUGCGGUUGCCGUUCUGGCCGUUGCUUCAUCUUUCCAGGCCUCCAUGCAGCUCUGAACAUGGCCUUCAAUGCACAGCCUUUGAUGGUGGCACCGGCUGGCAUCGUCAAGUGCUUCGAGGCCGCCUGUUCAGGAAAGAGUUUCAAGGAGGGCGUGGCAGUCGAGAUGGAGGAGUUCACGAAGCUGGUCUUCUCUGUGCAGUCAGCUGCUUUGAGACACCUCUUCUUGGCCGAGCGAAUGGCGCAGAAGGUGCCUGGAGUGAACGAGAAGCCGGCACCGCUGAAGAAGAUCGGCAUCCUAGGUGCAGGACUCAUGGGAGGCGGCAUCGCCAUGUGCUUCGUGCAGAAAGGGAUCCCAGUGGUCCUCAAGGAUGCGAAGAAGGAGUGGCUGGAGGAUGGCAUGAAGAAGAUUGAGGGUCUCUGGGGUGGCCAGGCGAAAAGGGGCCGCUUGAGCCAGGACAAGUACAAGCAGUACAUGAGCCUCCUGAAGCCGACGUUAGACUAUGCUGACUUCAAGGAUGUGGACAUGGUCAUUGAGGCAGUCCCUGAAAUCAUGGACCUCAAGAAGGAGGUGUUCCUCGACAUCGAGAAGAACACCAAGCCAGAUGCCCUCAUCUGCACUAACACCAGUGGCCUGAACAUUGAUGACAUCGCGGCCGUGCUGAAGGACCCUAGCCGUGUCAUGGGCACCCACUUCUUCUCCCCAGCCAACGUGAUGCAGCUGCUGGAGAAUAUCCGAACGGCUAAGUCCAGCACCAAAACGUUGGCCACCGGAAUGGCCAUGGGCAAACUGAUCAGCAAGAAAGCCAUCAUGGUAGGCAAUUGCGAUGGCUUCGUGGGCAAUCGAAUGAUUGCGCCAUAUGCCGGGGAGGCGAAGAUGGUUCUGGAGGAAGGCAUGGCCAUGGGUCCCAUGGCAUUGGGCGAUUUGGUGGGCCAAGAGCUUUUCUGGAAGCAGCGCAAGGCGGCCGGCGACAUGAAGAAGCAGACCAAGACGUACUAUGGCCCCUAUGAGCUGACGGACUGGCUGUGUGAGCAGGGCCGAUUUGGCCUGAAGACGCCUGACCCGAAGAUCAAGGCCAACGGCCGUGGCGUCUUCAUCCACCGUGGCCGCAGCAAGGAGGCGCGUGACGGUCAGCACAGCCGCGUGCUUCCCAGGGCACCGGGGCACCAGUGCCCGGUGGAUCCCGAGGUCAUCGCCAAGCUGGAUGAGGUUCGCAAGAUGAAGGGCAUGACGCCCCGGGCCGUUUCCGACGAGGAGACCCUGCACCUUUCCCGCUGCUCGAGCCCUUUCGAGCCCGUUCAAUGUGCGGUUCUGUCUCCCCGUCUCCACUGUUCCUAUGGUCCUAUGGUCCUAUGGUCCUAUCCACUUCUUAGGGCUUUGGGUCUCACCAUCGCUACGGCACGAGAGGAGAUUUGCGAGAGGCUCUUCUUCUCGAUGAUCAAUGAGGGCUUCAAGAUCCUCGAGGAAGGAUACGUGGCUCGGUCCUCGGACAUCGACCUGGCCUACAUCUACGGAUAUGGCUUCCCCCCUGCCAAGGCAGGCAAUUGCAUCCGCAUGCAUCCGCUGAUGUCGCUCAUCGGUGGCCCCAUGUUCUACGCCGAGAACUACGCUGGCUUCAAGAAGAUCCUGGAGCGCGUGCAGUACUACAACCAGCAGGCCAAGGUGGGGAGCGCAGAAAGUCGCUGGGGUGUAGGCAUGGACACCUUGGGUCAUGUUGGGUCUUUUGUUGCAGCGUCAAGUUUAACACAGUGUGCGCCCUACAUUACAGAUUACGUCGAGUACGUUCUUCAGUCCGAUGACGCCUUCAAAGGCGGCAAUGGUUUGCCCACCCACUAUGCAACUUUGCAUCAACGUGACAUGCUAUCAAACUCUUUCGGCGCUACGACAACAUCUGGCAGCUAUGCAGAAUGGGAGCGCUUCACCAAGAACUCCAACUACCUGCCGAUCGACUACUUUGAGCCGUCCAAGCUUUUGGAGGCAUGCGCAGCCAAGGAAGGGACCAAGGUGUUCCCUGGCCAGACGCUGAUUGAUGUGGUCCUGGCCGAGUUCCGCAAGAAGGGUUCUGCCCCUGGUGAUGGAUUCAUCGAGUCCGCAGAUUUGAAGUGGUUGGAUGUGCAGCAGAAGUCGAUACCCACCAUGUCGGCCUCCAUUACCGUCCGUCCUGAUGGAGUUGGCGUCAUCACCAUGAACAGCCCGCCGGUGAACUCACUUGGCACGAGCUUGGUGACAUCCUUCAAGCGCUUUGCCUUACCAGUAGGGAUGGUUAGUGGAGUUGGGGAUCCCGACUGGGUCAAAGCCAUUGUGGUGACGGGAAGCGGCUCGAUGUUCUCCGGUGGUGCUGAGAUCACGGAGUUGCUGAAAGCUGCAAGCAGGGAGGGGGAAACAGGCAGAGAUGAGGACCUUGUGCUGAGAGCUUUGAGCCAGGGAGAUGUUGGAGUGACCCUCUUGAGUGCUGAAGUUCUGCUGAAGGACACCAUUGAUGCCUCGCCCAAGACGGUGGUAGCAGCUCUCAAUGGUCCCGCCUUGGGUGGUGGCUGCGAGGUCAGCCUGGCCUGCCACUACAGGGUGGCCACGCCAAAAGCCUCGGUCGGCUUCCCGGAGGUGAACCUGGGAUUGCUCCCGGGCGCGCAGGGCACGCAGCGGCUUCCUCGCGUUGCCGCCCUCCCCGUGGCGCUUCCAAUGAUCUUGCAGGGCCGGCCCAUGAACGCCGAAGCUGCGAAGAAGAACGGCAUCAUCGAUGUGGUUGCAAAGGGAGACGUUGUGGAGGAGGCCGCCGGGUUCGCCCUGUCGCACCCGCCGGCGCCCAUCUCCAAGCGCGAUGUGCCCAAGACCAAUCGCCUGAUGGUCGCGGCUGGAGGCCUCCAUGCAGCUCUGAACAUGGCCUUCAAUGCACAGCCUUUGAUGGUGGCACCGGCUGGCAUCAUCAACUGCUUCGAGGCCGCCUGUUCAGGAAAGAGUUUCAAGGAGGGCGUGGCAGUCGAGAUGGAGGAGUUCACGAAGCUGGUCUUCUCUGUGCAGUCAGCUGCUUUGAGACACCUCUUCUUGGCCGAGCGAAUGGCGCAGAAGGUGCCUGGAGUGAACGAGAAGCCGGCACCGCUGAAGAAGAUCGGCAUCCUAGGUGCAGGACUCAUGGGAGGCGGCAUCGCCAUGUGCUUCGUGCAGAAAGGGAUCCCAGUGGUCCUCAAGGAUGCGAAGAAGGAGUGGCUGGAGGAUGGCAUGAAGAAGAUUGAGGGUCUCUGGGGUGGCCAGGCGAAAAGGGGCCGCUUGAGCCAGGACAAGUACAAGCAGUACAUGAGCCUCCUGAAGCCGACGUUAGACUAUGCUGACUUCAAGGAUGUGGACAUGGUCAUUGAGGCAGUCCCUGAAAUCAUGGAGCUCAAGAAGGAGGUGUUCCUCGACAUCGAGAAGAACACCAAGCCAGAUGCCCUCAUCUGCACUAACACCAGUGGCCUGAACAUUGAUGACAUCGCGGCCGUGCUGAAGGACCCUAGCCGUGUCAUGGGCACCCACUUCUUCUCCCCAGCCAACGUGAUGCAGCUGCUGGAGAAUAUCCGAACGGCUAAGUCCAGCACCAAAACGUUGGCCACCGGAAUGGCCAUGGGCAAACUGAUCAGCAAGAAAGCCAUCAUGGUAGGCAAUUGCGAUGGCUUCGUGGGCAAUCGAAUGAUUGCGCCAUAUGCCGGGGAGGCGAAGAUGGUUCUGGAGGAAGGUGCCAGCAUUGAGCAGGUGGAUAACGCUGCUCAAAAGUUUGGCAUGGCCAUGGGUCCCAUGGCAUUGGGCGAUUUGGUGGGCCAAGAGCUUUUCUGGAAGCAGCGCAAGGCGGCCGGCGACAUGAAGAAGCAGACCAAGACGUACUAUGGCCCCUAUGAGCUGACGGACUGGCUGUGUGAGCAGGGCCGAUUUGGCCUGAAGACGCCUGACCCGAAGAUCAAGGCCAACGGCCGUGGCGUCUUCAUCCACCGUGGCCGCAGCAAGGAGGUGGAUCCCGAGGUCAUCGCCAAGCUGGAUGAGGUUCGCAAGAUGAAGGGCAUGACGCCCCGGGCCGUUUCCGACGAGGAGAUUUGCGAGAGGCUCUUCUUCUCGAUGAUCAAUGAGGGCUUCAAGAUCCUCGAGGAAGGAUACGUGGCUCGGUCCUCAGACAUCGACCUGGCCUACAUCUACGGAUAUGGCUUCCCCCCUGCCAAGGGUGGCCCCAUGUUCUACGCCGAGAACUACGCUGGCUUCAAGAAGAUCCUGGAGCGCGUGAAGUACUACAACCAGCAGGCCAAGGAGCGCUUCACCAAGAACUCCAACUACUUGCCGAUCGACUACUUUGAGCCGUCCAAGCUUUUGGAGGCAUGCGCAGCCAAGGAAGGGACCAAGGUGUUCCCUGGCCAGACGCUGAUUGAUGUGGUCCUGGCCGAGUUCCGCAAGAAGGGUUCUGCCCCUGGCCCGUUUGCGAAGCUUUGA